AUGGAAAUUAUACAAAAUAAUGAGGCCUUCAAAAGAAUUGAUGGCCAAAUGAGGUUUUCUUAUGUUCAGAUUUUUGCCCGACGGGAUGGUAUCUUAUAUUCUGGGAAAUGGCCAAAUCGACAUGAAUCUCCGAAUACGCUCGAAAAACUUCAAGAACUGAAGCGUAUCCCGAUUGAGGAUAGGGGCCCAGAGAUUAAAACAACUUGGUCUGCGGUGUUUUUGAAAACGCCAAGUCUCCCCGCAUAUAUCGAUGGGAAUCUCGAAAAGCGAAUCUCUCGUGAAGUUGAAACCUGUGAAAUCCUCCGGAAGAACCCCCAUCCGAAUAUUGCGGCUUAUUACGGCUACAAUGAAAGCCACGGUCGAGUCUCUGGCUUAUGCUUCAAACGAUAUCAGACUACGUUGCUUGAAGCAGUCAAUCCUCAACGCCUUAAUAAGGCCGCCUUUCUUUCGAGUCGCCGCGAACUAGUGACAGAGAGUAUGAAAAUCGGCCUUCAAGGACUCCUAAAUGCCAUUAAACAUCUUCACUCGCUUGGGCUUGUCCAUAACGAUAUCAAUCCUGCCAAUAUUAUGCUCGAUGAAGAAGGCACGUUUGUUCUCAUCGACUUCGAUAGCUGCCGAUAUAUUGGGGAGUCCCUAUGCAGCACGGAAACAAAAAGAACUCAACACUGGCACGACCCUACAGGGGCAAUUUCCAUCGAAAAGAAUGAUUUUGACGCUUUUAGAGAUCUACAAACCUGGAUGACUAGAUCAUCGGCUGGAGACUUCAUUUUUCUAUGA